AUGGCCACCGCAAAGCAGCCAAAGGUCAUUCUAUUUGACAUAGGCGGUGUUGUCGUCGUGUCUCCGUUUCAAGCUAUCCUGGAUUAUGAACUCAGUUUGGGAAUCCCACCUGGCUGGAUCAACUAUUCGAUAUCAAAGACAGCUCCAGAUGGAUUCUGGCAUAAGCUAGAACGGGGCGACAUCCCCAUGGAUGAUGCCUAUUUCGAGGGUUUCAACAAAGACAUUCAUGAUCUUACAAGAUGGGAAGCUUUCUACAGGCUCCAGCAGAGCAAAAACCCAAGGCUCCCAGAGGAUGUACCCCCUUUACCCAAGCUUGAUGGGCGGCGGCUGUUUAACGACAUGAUGACCUCAUCAACCAGCCCUGAUCCUUGGAUGUUUCCCGCAUUGAAGAAGCUACAAGAGAGCGGCAAGUUCAUCAUAGCUGCAGUGAGCAACACCGUCAUUUUCCCGCCUGGCCACCCUCUGCAUGAAGAGGACUACUUCAGUGGUCCCGUGAGGCGUAUAUUUGACGUCUUCGUUUCGUCAGCCCACGUUGGGUUGCGGAAACCAGACUCAAAAAUGUAUGAGUUUACACUCAAUGCGGUGAACAAGUUCGCCAUGACCCAUGCCAAGGAACAGAAGGGACUGGAUUUGGGAGAUGGUGUCAACCCAGAAGAUAUCGUCUUUCUGGAUGAUAUUGGAGAGAAUCUGAAAGCAGCAAAGAAGCUUGGGUUUCGAACGAUCAAGGUUAAUCUGGGAAGGGCGUUCGAGGCCGUUGAUGAACUUGAGCGUGUCACUGGCCUCAAGUUGGCAGGCGAACAUCCCAGGAUACCGAUCAAACCCAAUUAUGGCAACACAAAAGCCAAGAUAUAG